CAGCAGCUCCAGGAACCAGCAGCAGCAGCAGCCCGCUGGGUGACUGCGAGAGACGGAACGAGGCGGAAAAACAGACCGGGAAGCAAAAGCGGCGAGAAGGAAGGAGGAAGGAAGGGAGGCGUGAGGGGGGGAAGCGGCGGCAGCGGCAGCAGCAGCGGGAGAAGGUGAAGAGGAAAGGACGCGCGCGCAGAGAAGAGGCGGCCGGGGGGGGGGGGUGAGAAGAGCGGAGGGCGCGCGCAGUGGGAGAGGGGGAAAAACCCCCCAAAAGUUUACACCCUCCGAAGCUGCUCUCUGGUCUCCCACCCACCGCUUCUCUCGGCGGCGCUGCUGGCGCGGAUGGCAGUUUCACCUGGAAUGACAGAAGUUUAAAUUUUAUUUUAUUUUAUUUUUGGUGACCAUUCUCCACGGCGUCUGUCUUCUCUUAAAAAAAACCAAAAAACACACAAUAAUAAUUAAAUAAAAGAAUAAAACCUGCCGGAUCCGACGCUCCCUUCCCUUUCUACCCCCCCCCCACGCCCUCCAGCAACGGUCGGCGAUGUGACAGCCAGGGGGCAAAGCUUUUUCGCCAGCCUUGCCUUGCGGAGAGAGCUGUCAGCGAGGAGGCUGAGCCGAGCGGACUUCUAGCUGUCGCGGCCCCGGCGCCCCCUCCAAAGAGGCUGGAAGUACGGCGGCUCCCCCCCCCCCCCACGCUGACGGGUCUUGCGUGUGAGAGCGUUGCAACCUCCUUCUCAGUCUCUCGCAACCUUCCCCCCCGCUCCCUGCUUCCAGGAUUUAACCCCAAAUCUCCUCUGGAUCCACCUUCUUCCGUGGCCAUUCGUUCCCCAUUGGCUGCGGUCAGCGCUUCUGGAUCGGACUCGCAGAAGUGCAGGGUCUUGCCUCCUCCGGCCAUUGCACGUCGCGGGGGGUGACGGAAAAAUGAAGGGGGGAGUUGAAUGAAGUGAUGCACAUUUGAUAGAUACAUGCCAUGAUUUGCUACACGUGGCUUCAUUUAUGGAGACCAAAGGCUAUCGCAAUUAUCCCAAAAGCCUAGAUAUGGAGAGACGCUGGAGUCAAGGCUCCCAGUCGAUGGAGUAUACUUCUGCAGGAGCAGAAGAGCGGUCCGAAGAGAGUAAUAACUAUAUGGAGAUAGUAAACGUGAGCUGUGCUUCUGGUGCUUUUCCAAACAGCAGUGCUCAAGGAAGCAACAAAGAAAAACCUGAACUACUUUCUUGCCUUCAGCAAGACCAUAAUCACCCUGGCAUUUCAACCUCUGACAUAAAAACUGAGUCAGACUCAAAGGAACUUUCUGCAACUGUAGCUGAAUCAAUGGGUUUGUACAUGGAUUCUGUAAGAGAUGCUGAUUUUACCUACGACCAGCAGAGUCAACAAGGCAACAUAAAUCCUGGAAAGAUGUAUCAGAAUGUGGAACAGCUGGUAAAGCUAUACAAAGAGAAUGGUCACCACACAUCUCCCUUGAACACCCCAAGCAGAUCCCUGAGACCUCUAAUAUUGGAGUGUGCAAGCUCUAUGAAUGGUGGUAUCAUGCCAGGCACUGUCAAAAGCCCAAGAGUAUGUCGAGAGAAGAGUCCUCCUGACUGUAGUCCUCAGAACAUGACGACUUCAGUGUGCAGCCCUCCUGGAAUUAAUUCUGUAUCGUCAUCUACACCUAACAACUUUGAAAAUUUCACAGUAAAUAGCCCGGUCAACCAAGGAACUCCUUUGUCAUGUUCACCCAACAUUGAAAACCGAGGCUCAAUGCUGCACAGUCCUGCACAUGCUAGCAACGUGGGAUCUCCUCUUUCUAGUCCUAUAAGUAGCAUGAAAUCACCCAUUUCAAGCCCUCCUAGUCACUGUAGUGUGAAAUCUCCAGUUUCAAGUCCUAAUAAUAUCACCAUGAGAUCCUCAGUAUCCAGUCCUGCAAAUAUAAACUCAAGGUGCUCUAUUGCCAGCCCUUCCAAUGCCAAUAAUAGGUCCACACUUUCUAGUCCAGCUGUUAGUACUGUGGGAUCCUCUAUGUGUAGUCCAGUAAAUGGUUCACUAGCCUUUCCUGCAUCGAGCACACCUGUUGGACCUGGCACAGGCCAAGACAUCGUUCCUAGUCCAGAUGCAAAAGACAAUAAAGGUGCUCUAGCAGUCAUAUUUCCUAAAAUAGAGGAAAUGGAAGAUGCCAUCCCUAAUAGUGAAGUAGCUAAUCAAAUGACUCUUGUUCAGCGUAUAAAACCUGAACCCGAAGGGGUAUUCAGUAGCUCAUGUCUUGGAGAAAAUAGCAAAGUCAGUUCUGAUUCUCCAUUUUCAGUAUCAAUAAAGCAAGAAUCAGCUAAGCAUUCUUGCUCUGGUGCUUCUUUUAAAGGGAAUCAAACUGUAAAUCCAUUUCCAUUUAUGGAUGGGCCCUAUUUUUCAUUCAUGGAUGAUAAAGACUUCUAUUCUCUUUCUGGGAUUUUAGGACCACCUAAUUCAUUUGAUGGCACAUGUGAAAGUAGUGGGUUUCUAAAUCCAGGCCUAGCUGUAGGAAUUAAACAGGAGCCUGACGAGAGCAGCUAUUAUCAAGAGAACACUCUGCCACCCUCUGCCAUUGUUGGUGUGAAUUCAAGUGGACAGUCAUUUCACUAUAGGAUUGGAGCGCAAGGCAAAAUAUCUGUACACCGACCUGUUGGCAGAGAGCAGUCUUUUCAGCAUAUGAACUCGUUUCCUCCAGUAAGUACUCUUGUGGAGCCAUGGAAAUCACAUUCUGAACUGUCUGCCAGAAGAAAUGAUGGGUAUCCAGUCCUAGAAUACAUUCCAGAAAAUGUGUCAAGCUCCUCAUUGAGAAGUGUAUCGUCUGGAUCCUCAAGACCUUCCAAAGUCUGUUUGGUGUGUGGAGAUGAGGCAUCUGGCUGCCAUUAUGGAGUAGUUACCUGUGGCAGCUGUAAAGUCUUUUUCAAAAGAGCCGUGGAAGGUAAAUCCUCAUGGCAACACAAUUAUUUAUGUGCUGGACGGAAUGACUGUAUAAUUGAUAAGAUUCGAAGAAAAAACUGUCCAGCUUGCCGAUUACAGAAAUGUCUUCAAGCUGGAAUGAAUUUGGGAGCUCGUAAGUCAAAGAAGUUGGGCAAAUUAAAAGGGAUCCAUGAUGAACCGCAGCAACAGCAACAGCAACAGCCUCCACCCCAAAGUCCAGAAGAAGGAACAACGUAUAUCGCUCCAGCAAAAGAACCUUCUGUAAACACAGCACUUGUUCCUCACUUAUCUGCAGUUUCACCGGCACUUACUCCCUCGCCCGCUAUGGUCCUUGAGAACAUUGAACCUGAAAUUGUAUAUGCUGGGUAUGACGGCUCCAAGCCAGAUACAGCAGAACACCUGCUCUCCACUUUAAACCGUCUUGCUGGCAAGCAGAUGAUCCAGGUGGUAAAGUGGGCAAAGAUACUUCCAGGUUUUAGAAGCUUGCCUCUUGAGGACCAAAUUACUCUAAUCCAAUAUUCUUGGAUGUGUCUAUCGUCAUUUGCCUUGAGCUGGAGAUCAUACAGGCAUACAAAUAGCCAGUUCCUCUAUUUUGCUCCUGAUUUAGUCUUUAAUGAAGAGAGAAUGCGCCAGUCUGCAAUGUUUGAGUUGUGCCAGGGGAUGCACCAGAUCAGCCUUCAGUUUGUUCGCUUGCAACUUAGCUUUGAAGAAUAUACCAUAAUGAAAGUUUUGCUGCUAUUAAGCACAGUUCCCAAGGAUGGCCUCAAGAGUCAAGCUGCAUUUGAAGAAAUGAGGGCAAAUUAUAUUAAAGAGCUGAGGAAGAUGGUAAUCAAACAUCCAAACAGUUCUGGGCAAAGUUGGCAGCGGUUUUACCAACUGACAAAGCUCCUGGACUCCAUUCAUGAUCUUGUUAGCGAUUUGUUGGAAUUCUGUUUCUACACCUUCCGAGAGUCUCAAGCUCUGAAAGUGGAGUUUCCAGCCAUGCUGGUAGAAAUCAUCAGUGACCAGUUGCCCAAGGUGGAAUCUGGGAAUGCCAAGCCCCUCUACUUCCACAGGAAGUGACAGAAAAUGUCUUAAUGGAAGAAAAAAAACUUUGCCUUAAGUUUCCCUGUGCUAUUCCACACCCAUGAAGGACCCAAGAAGCCAACAUUUAAAACAUGCUAUACAAAAUUGUUCAAUGGUCUCUAAAUAGUCUGAAAACCAUAGCCAGGGUUUGGAGGAUGGAAAGCAGCUUACGUGAACUAGACGAGCAAAGUCGUCAAAAUGCAUCUCCCCCCAAUAACCCAACAUUUAGGAGAAAAAAAUGUUCCUGUUCCUCUGGAUGAAAAGCCAUAUCUAGUCAAAUAACUCUUUGAUUUUGAUAUUUUAAGAGAUGAACAUUUUAAAUAUGCCAUGUAGUUUCCGGUAUUGUUUGCUUGUUUUAAAAGGGUUCAAGGACUAAUAUGAACUUUUGAAAAGCUUACUGUUGGUUUGCACAUAAAGUCAAUAUGGGGCAUUAAUAAUUGUACUACACACAAACACACACACACACACACACAAAAUCCCUGGAUGUGUAAAAUAAAUAAUGGAGCAUUUGGUGUGGAAUAAUCUUGGUAUAUUAACCUGCGGCAUUUGUUAUCCCAUAUUAUCCAUCACAGAUGAUCUACACUGUGUUAAGUGUUCAUUUAUUAUUUAACUUGAAAGGAUAAGAUGUUAAAACAAAUGCCUCAGUUUCGAUUUCUAGUAUCUAUUGUGCUGGCUUUACCAAUAAUUUUUCGCAGUCUUUUGCUGUAUUGUACAUUGCUGUAUGUAUAAAUUGAAGGACCUGGGGAAAAAAUGGUAUAAGGAACUUUUGUAAAUGAGACCUAAAAAUCUUUAAUGGUUAAUAGGAUGAAUGGGAAAGUAUUUUUGGAAGAAUUCUAUUUUGCUGGAGACUAUUUAAUUACUCUUUUUGUCUAAACACAAGGUAAUUUUUUUUGUAAAGUGAAUUGUUCUGCAUGCAUAAUGAACCGUUUACAGUGUAUUUCAGAAAGGGAAAGCUGUGCCUUUUUAGCAUCGUAUCUAAUUUACCAUCUGACAGUGUCUGCUGUAAAUAACCACCCAUAGCCAUUUUCAGUUGCACUUCCUUUUUGUCCAUUUUCAUCCAUAGUAUCUGUCUGCUUUUACAUGACUCUAGCACACAAGAGUUCUGCUCCAUGCCUCUAGCUAGCUGUGUUUGCAGCUUUCUGCACAUUUCACAUCUACCAAGAUAGACUCCAAAGGGCACAACCCACUAAGAAAUUGUCUCGCUGAUGUGAAUGAAGAUGUGGAAGCAUACAGUACUUCAUACAUUUCAGUACAGCUUCCUGAGGACAGUAUCCUAUUGGGUUGUGCCUACAGUCUUCUCAAAGGCUCGUCAGUCCUGGGACAAGGUGAGAUUCUGCCUGCCAAUCUGUUUUAUUCCAAGGCUGCAAUCCCACACACAGCUAGGCUGAAAUCCUAUACACACUUAUCUGCACUCCUUGAUUUCAGUGGGACAGUUUGGGUGUCUAAUAUUGUGGCUAAAAGGGAGAGCUAAAUAAUAAUAGUGGGGUUGGUUUGUUGUUGUUUUGCUUCUCCUUUUCAAUCUGGAAUGUACAUAAACUACAAAAAAUGGAGCUAAAAAUGUGAGAAAAUAAAUUUCAACACACAUACUAGAUAAAAUUUUGGAAUGAUAUAAUUAUGUGAAAGAAGAUACACUAUUGACAAAUUUGGACUAGAUCAUAAACCUACUUAUUUGGAAUUAUGUGCUACUGACUUAGUACAAAUUAUUUCCUUGUAACUAUGUUUAGAAUUACUGCUCAACUAGUUAGUAACUUAAUAUUAAUACCAUAACACUUUUACAAAUCAGUGCUAAAACAUAGCUAACAACAUUAGGCAUGAGCCUUUAAUCUGGAUUUCUCUCAAGACUUACUUUAUGAACUGAGAUGAUGAAAAAUGUAUCUUUCUUGGAGUGAUCAACCUUAUACAUUUUAUAAAUAAUUUAAACAUUGGAGGCUGCAUUAUAGCAACAUUUCCUAUGACCAUUGAUAUUAAAUACAAAUGUAAAGAGAAUAAUUGUCAGAGUUAUACUUCUGGUAAACUUGUGUCUAGGUAAAGUUUGUGAAAAUUAAAGAAAUCUUAAAGUCUGGGAUUCAAAGACCUCCAGUAGGCAUUGCCCGGUGGGAUUUUCCCUCCCCCAGUUGAACAACAGAUUCCACUGAUGUAUCAUAAGCUGCUUUUGAAAGUGCCCUCAGUUUCAAAGUGGUUUUCUAUGUGGCAUAGAGAGAAGAAAAAGAAGCCCAAGGUUUCCUUACAAAGUCUCUUUGUAUCCUGCCCGCAAACUCUCAAUAAUCAAGUGUGCAUUAGAUUCAGAAAUUUGAAUGUUUGCAUCUCAUAAACAGGAUGCAAACAUUACUACUACUAUUUUUAAGUCACAUGUCUCAUUGAAUGGGAAAUCUGUUAAGGUACGCUCAGAAAGAGUCAAUUUACACAUGCAUAUAUUAUUUGCAGUUUUAGAAAUCUAAUUCAUAAAUCAGCUCCUUUGAUCUGCACAGCAAUAUGAAAGCUGCUCUUCUAAAGUGAUAAAAAUACACCGCAUGCAGACUGGUUGUUUAUAUUGAAGUGGUCACAAAUCUCCCUUUCAUUUACUGUUUUUUUAAAACCAUACUGAAAUUGGAAUUUCAAAUUAUUCAGGUUUGUGGUAAACGCAGUAUGGUGCUGCAUUUUUUUAUUAAACAAAGUUACUGAAUCUUUUUUUAUCACGAAGUAACUUUGCCUAAUUAAAAUAUUAAAGCCAUAUUCUUUUUUUAAAAAAAUCCACUGUUAGAUGUCUGUCCCAAUUCACGUUGUUGUCUGAUUGCUAUUAUUUUUUGUACCUUAUUGCAUAUAAUCUUGGUUUGGUACAAUUCAUAAUUCACAGAAAUGUCAUAAGUAAAACACUACAUUAGUUUUAAAAACAGUUUAUAUCUUUAUGCAAAAUAUAUGUCUGUCUUUGCAAACAAUUGUAAGCAGAUUAUAAUAAAUCCUUUACUUUAAUCACCUGUUUAUGAAACCACUGAUUAUUGCUUAGAAAUAAUAAAAAUGAAAAAUGAAAAAAGGAAGGAAUCAGGAGUACAUUGUACUUUAGAAUGAAACAGGCAUCUGUCUCCUGCAAAAUAAGAUAAAAGUUAACUUCAAAAUGUCAAAAUGAUAAAUUGUGUUGAUCGAGUGUAAUGAUUUUGUGGCUAUGAAUGACUGAAAAUAUACAGCAAGAAUAUUGUAUUCUUAAGUAAAAAAUGUAAAAUAGUUUUAAUUUACUGCAGUGGGUAUUUCAAGAAUAACAUUGCAUUGCAGUGUGUAACCAUUUUGUUGCACAGAACAAAAGAGAAAAAGGACUAAAAGCUUGCAAUAUCAACAUCUUAAUAAAAUAUACUUUAUAAUCAAUAAUGCAAAAAUCUAAUUCACAGGGUGGUAUUUUCACUGACUUAAAAAAAAACCUUUUAUGAAUUUAACCCAUUCUACAUUUAAUGCACUUUUGAUUGUCUAUUAAAAAUGUGACUUUUUAUAGAGGGGGAGGGGGGAGAAAGAGAGAGCGAGAGCGCAGGAGGGUGCAAUUUCAUCUGGCAGGUGAAUAACCUGAUAGGCAGCAGUUACAAUGCCAGGAUUCUCAGUUAUGUUUCAGAGUUCAUGGAGUUGAAGAGCACAUUCCUCUGGGAACUUUGCACUUGUGCAGAAGUAGUUCUUGGCAGAUUGUGUCCUGAUUAUAUAAUGCUAGAUGAAAAAUAUAGAGCAGGCAGCAACUAUGAUGUAAAACGACACCUAUGCAUAAUAAUGCAUUAACAAUUAGGGGCUUGCUUCUGUAUGUUUCAACUUUUUGAAUAAAUAGAAGAUUACUGUUUGGCCUUUAUGUUAAUGUCUUUAAGUACAUAAUUUUUUAUAAGUUGUAUAAAUAUACACAAAUUAAAGUGGUGUGAUUCCCGGUAUUCCAUGCGCUUUGAUAUCAACCACACUAACCUGAAGACACAUCUGUUUCUUUGAGGAAAUGCCCUUGAGUGAAAUUAGAUACAUUAUGCAGUUUUUGUAAAUCUUAUUUGCAACACCUGCCUCUGUAGUAACAAGGGCUUUGAUGGUGCAAAUGAUGGGCUCCACCAUUCAGGUAAUCUCCCUGAUAUUGUAGACUGGCACAAAUUGCCCUUAACUGCCUCAUCCUAAUAAUUUUACUUGGAGGUUAACUCCCAUUUGGCUCCAUGAAGCCAGUAUUGGAGCAUGUUACCCUUAGGGUUGUAUCCUUAAUUCAGCACCACAUGGCAGAUGGCUUCUGAAGGGAGCCCAUCGCUGGAUUUCCCAUUGGAAAUGGACAUGAUUGCCAGUGUGGGCUGGAGAUAGGAAUGUUUCAUGAAACACUGAACAGGGGAGACACUGAAAGGCGUGCCUUUCACAGAGCCUUUGGUGUGGGGCAACUUGGCAAAGAUGUUUAAACCAUGCCCAAUGCCAACGAAAGCCCAAAGCUGAAAGAAAAAGCACCAUGAGCAUUUCUCUCAACAUCUGAACCGUUUUAUACAUAUGCUGCUGGGAAUAAGACUUCUCCAAAACUGGCUGCUACUUUUUUGACCUAUUUGAUAUACUUAUCAUAAUUAACACACCCAUUGGUUUAAGAGAAAAUUGGACGACGUUUCUAAAAUAAUAUUCAAUAGAAUACUAAGGAAGCAAUUCUGCCUUUGCAGAUAAUACUGAAGGUCAAGCUACCCACAAUCUAUAUCAUGGGGACAAAGCAGGAGAAAGGCUUCGCUGUAGUCCCGGCAGGGCAGCCAUUAAUUGGUUGAAUGGGUGAUCUCCUUUGACCUGGCAUGGAGAGUUUCUAUGUGACCAUCAUCUUGUCAGAAACCUCUGCAUGUAAUACCAGAGACUCACUACGCAAAUCGAGAGUACAGGGCUCAGCUGGUUUUUUAAUUUGCUGGCAAAAUGCACCCCCCCCAAAGUUAACCACCAGAUUUGGGGUGGCAAAAGUAAAAGUAAUAAUAUUGGAGUCGGAACCAGCCUCUGAAUGUUUUGUCCGCACAUACCGUAUACAUAUCCUCCCUAAAACACUUAAGUAUCACCUAUGCUUCUCUCUCUCCCUCUAUGAUUUCAGCCUAGUUGUUGUACUGUCACAAAGUAGCAUGACCAAGAGGUAAGUUGGCACCAAAAAGUUGUCUAUUACCUCGACUUUCCACGUUCCCCUUCAAAUCAGCACUCCCCCAACCCCCUUCUGCCCCACAUACAUACGAUUGUAUGGAGCAGCAGGAUGCUUGCUGACAGCUCCCCACAUCCAAUCUCACUGCGAAUCUGGAAGAUGUGCGGGCUUCUUCUCCAUGCAGAGGUCACUCAACAUGCAGAAACUCUGCAAACAGCACCUUUCAUGGUUGCACUAAACGCUCAGGGCUAGGCCGUAAGGUACAAUUCUGUUCAUGCUAUGCACAUUCUUUACAGCAGUAGUGAGAAAGAGUGAAAUGACUUACAUCCAUAACGUGUGCCUCACUUUCUUCCUACCACCAUGGCCUUCUAACAGUUGGAAAAGAAGAGAAUCUGAUUUCCAUUACAUUACUCUGCAAGCAUCUGCACUGUUUUUGGUCACAUUUCCUAACUGCUUGAUGAUCUCCCAAGUAGAAUCACCUUAAAGCUAUCUGGCAAAGAUUAUAGCCUCAGACACAAAGAAGUAUAUUAAUGCCCCACAGCCUGGGAGAGUUCCAGUUGGACCAGGGAGGUAGAAGUACAUUGGAUCACAACUGCACCAUCUGGAAAUGAUUUGCGAACACUCUGAGGGCCUUAUAGUUCUGGGCAAAAGAACAGACAAUGAUUGUCAGUUAAACCUCAUUAAAGAAAAUAAUCUGAAAGUAUAGUAACUGUGAAGUGUGUUUUUUUAAUCAACCUUUAGGUAGACAAAGCUCUUCUAAAAGAUUUUUUUGCCAUUAGUUAAGGAGUUUGCACAGGUAAAAUAUUUACUGUCUAUUUAUUUAGUAGUAAGUGUACUCUUAAAGCAGAUUAUGUCAUUUCAUUAAAAUCCCUGCCUGUAAGAUAUACAGCAGGCAUCCCCAAACUCGGCCCUCCAGCUGUUUUGGGACUACAAUUCCCAUCACCCCUGACCACUGGUCCUGUUAGCUAGGGAUGAUGGGAGUUGUAGUUCCAAAAACAUCUGGAGGUCCGAGUUUGGGGGUGUCUGAUAUACAGCCUAUGAUUAUGUGAACCAAUUUUGGUUUAGGAGUUAAAUUCCCACAAAUACGUAUCUGGUAAGCAAGGUAUAUGGAAGGCCAAACAGAUCUAAUGGGGCUCUGUCUCUGCUGUUUUUCAGAAUAAAAAUGAUAGUCAUUUGGGGUGGAUAGGAUCUCCUCAGCAACAGCAGCUGUAAAUCCAAGUUUCUACUACUUGUAGCUUUCUUUGCUCCAUCAGUUCAUGUGUGUGGAAAAGCAUACCACCACCAGGCUUAAAAAAAACAUUCCGGGAUGUAUACAUAGCAACUGGCGCUGAAUUAGGACCCAUAGCUGCUCUGCUUCAGUUGGUUAGUGAAUUGUCCCAAAUACAUGAAACCCCUUGUCAAAGCUGGUGAUGAUGGUCUGCCAACAGGCAGCUUCCUGGCACAAUUAGGAAUCUGUUGACUGGGACCAAGGCCUUCAAAACAUUUAAUGCAUGUAUUUUUAAAGGGGGGUUGGGAAUCAGGGAUUGGGCUUUCUGUUCCUCAACUGACACCCUAUUAAAACAGUUAAUAGAGGGAUCACCUAAUUAUUGUUUUUGCUGCAAAAGACUUAAGAGUCUUGUGGCACUCUAGAGGCUAACAAUUUAUUAGACAAUUAUCGGUGAAGUGGACUGUAGCCCAGAAAUACUUACUUCAUAAUAUAAUUGUUAGGUAAAGAUAAAGGGAUCCCUGACCGUUAGGUCCAGUCGUGGACGACUCUGGGGUUGCAGUGCUCAUCUCGCUUUAUUGGCCGAGGGAGCCGGCGUACAGCUUCCGGGUCAUGUGGGUAGCAUGACUAAGCCGCUUCUGGCGAACCAGAGCAGCGCACGGAAAUGCCGUUUACCUUCCCGCCAGAGCAGUACCCAUUUAUCUACUUGCACUUUGACGUGCUUUCGAACUGCUAGGUUGGCAGGAGCAAGGACCUAGCAACGGGAGCUCACCCCGUCGCAGGGAUAAUUGUUAGUCAUAUCAUUUUAAAGUCAAUUCAGACCUAAUACUUUUCACAAGUUUGCGCUUUGGGCUGAGAGUCAUCAAUUACGUGGCAGGCAAAGUGAUGUGUUUGGAUACAGGAAGCAUAAUCUGAAUACUUCUGUUUAAGUAGUUCCAUCAAACCCAGAGGCAGAAGAAAACAAAUCCUUU